UUUUACAUUCUCAUAUCAGCGUGCUGGGAGGACACUCGCUCGCUUUCGGCGAAGCAUUCUUACAUGGAUCACAUCCAUUAUAAUUAGGGGGACGCACUCGCUGGCCUGGACCAUGAGCAAUGAGUCUGCCGUCUGGAAAAACCUAACAGAAAGCCCCACAGAGCUCCCCCUGGAGCCCGGGGGGCAGGAUGGCUACGUCCUGCUGCUGGUCCUCUUGUCCAUCUUCCUUGGGGGGACGCUGGUCCUGCUGUCCGUCCUGCUGAUCGCCUGCCGCCGCUGCUGUGAGGGGGACCGGCGCUACGCCCGGUUCAUUCUCUGCUUCAGAGCCAGUGAUGAUCCGGAGAAAACCACCACCUCCUAUCUCGAGGAGUCUCAGCCUGUGCAUGAAAUCACUAUCCGUGUGGAUGAGUCAGACUGUGUGUCAGCGGGCAGCUCCCACGACGCAGAGACCGAGCGCUUUCUCUCCACAGGGACCACGGGCCGCCGGGUCUCUUUCAACGAGGCUGCGCUCUUCGACCACAGCAAGAAGACGCAGGAGAAAGGUCGAAGGUACACACUCACCGAGGGAGACUUUCAUCACCUGAAGAACGCCAGGCUCACCCACCUCCACCUCCCUCCCCCUGCCCUCAAGAUCGUCACCAUCCACGAGUGUGAGUCAUCGGAGAACAGCAUCGCCAUGACAACCCGCCCCGUCGCUAAAUCCAGCCUCUCCAUCUUCCAGCCUCCAAUCUGUCCACUGCCACAGACUGCCCUGGUCAGUCUGAGUAUUAGUCCCAGUUCAGCUCUGCCAGGGGACGCUCUCAACUCCACUGUGGAUACCAGCUUCUGUGAGAGCCCACCGGCUCCUGGCCCUGAGCCCCCAAGCCCUAGCCUGAUGGAAGUGAGAGGGCUCAGCCCAGGCAGCAGGCGUGAGGGAGCAUCUCUCUCAGCCACGGGCCUGUCCUCCUCUGGCGUUGCCCCUCAGGGUCCAGUGCUGCAGUUCUUCACCAAGCUGCGGCGCCACGCCAGCCUGGAGGGAGCCAGCCCAUACUUCAAAAUCAAAAGAUGGAAGUUUGACAGCAGCCAGAGAGCCUCCAGUCUGGACACCAGAGGAUCCCCCAAGCGAAGGCCGUUUCAGAGGCAGCGAGCAGCCAGCGAGAGCAUGGAUGAGGAGGAACACGGUGCCCACCACAUCGACCUUAUCCAGUACAUUGCGCGCACCAAGGACAUGGCCUACUGCCCAAGCAGGCCGGCGCCGCGCCUCCUUUCCCCCCCAUCCACACCCCCACCGUCCCUCGGCAGGUUAGAGGUGGAGGUGAUGGUGGAGCCCAGCUGCAGCAGAGCGAUGGGGCCUGGGGUGAUUGGCCUGAGUGCCGAGCCCCAAGAUGAGGCUCCUGGAAUGGGCUAUCGUCGGGAGAGUACAGAUACCCAGACCCUCUAUCGUGACAUCUGGACCCUGCGUGCGUCUCUGGAGCAGUACAUUUCCUCUGAUCAGAGCAGUAACAAUGACAAAGACUCAGUGCACAGUGAUGCGGACAGCGUGUGUUCACUUAGGCUUAGGAUGGAGAAGGGUGGGCUGCCCAGAUACCCCUCUGAAGAUACUGGGGAUGGGAUGGAGGGGGAGAUAGAUUUGCCUGGAGAUACUGGUUUAGAGAAACGAGGGAAGAGGGAUAGCGUGGAUUCAGAGAGGGGGAGCGAUGGAGAGUCAGGAACACGGAAGCUUCUGCAGAUGGACAGUGGUUAUGCAUCUAUAGAAGCCCCGUCCCGUGGCCCUGAUGAGGUACGGCUGUUUCGGAGCAGCAGUGACAGUAAGGACGGGUCAGCAGUGGAGCGCCGACAUUUCUUCACCAGUUCAGGACACAGGGGAACCGUGUGCGAAAGCUUUGAGACGGACAUUUUUGAUGAAGAACUGGAAGAGGAACCUAUGGGAGCCAGCGGAGGUAGUGAUGGCUUGACGGAACUGGACGAGGGUGUUAUGGUAUGGUCACCUUAUGGGCAGAUGUUUACUCAGUCUGACACAACCCAGCCACGUGCCCCCGUUCUGUCUCGUCGGGACUACAGCAUAGACGAGAAAACAGACGCUCUCUUCCAUGAGUUUCUGCGCCAUGAUCCCCAGUUUGACCUGCAGGAGUCACCGGUGCGUUCCAAGCACCGUUCCCGUGUGCACCUGCGCAAGCAGUGGCAGCGUUCCAAGCAGUACAGCGACCCAGGCCAGCGCUUCCACUCGUCCUUUGACCGAUACCGCACUCCACUUCGCCGUGGCGAGACUGUCAACUACCCUCUAGAGAGUAGCUAUCACAGUACACUCCCCCGAAUUGUCAGCGCUCCAGAUGAGGAGAGCAGCGAGGGGGCAGCCAGCCUUCCCGAGACACCCAAGGCAGAUCAGAGCUCGGCAGCUGCAAGUGAGGAUGCUGCAGCUUUGAGGGACGACCACACAGGGGUCUCUCCCAGCACUGACACGAGUGGUGAUUUGAAGGACAAGGUGGAAAUUGCAUCCUCAACAUCACCUCCCCUGACUGAAAGCACUGUGGGACAACCAGAAGUCCCGGCAGAGGAGUCUGGGCAGAUGCGCCCGCUGCUUGAACCGGGUGAUGAUCACUCACCCCUACAGCUGACCGAAGCAGGGUACGGCCCCCAGACCAUCACGGCCGAGCUGAGUAAUAAGCUGGCCAUGAACCUCGAGGAGCGUCUGUACUCGGGCCUGCGCAGGACCAGGGAACAGCCAGAGUGCGCGCUGACAGCCACGCAUGCCUCACCCGACCACAGCCCAGUGUAGCAUGUGGCUCCACUCAUCCCCACCAACUCUAUGCUUACAUCUACAGGGCUUCAGUGUCCAGGUUGGAUGGAAAUUACCCUUAAGUUCAGAGCACACCGACUCAACGUUCUCCAACAAACACCAACAAACCAAAAUAUUAUGCCAUACUUUGGAUGAUUCUAGAACAGACAUACUCAAUCCUGAUCCUGGAACUCUACUAGCCUGUAGAGUCCAGAUUCAACACACCAAGAUCUAAUAUUCAGAUGCACCUGGAUUACCUGGAUCAGGUAUACUAGAUUAGGACCGGAGCUAGACUUUGCAGGGUUGUAGAUCUCUAGGUGUUUGGGCGUCCCUGCUCAAGAAUGUUGUUCCCUAUUCAUAGUGGUUCAUUUGUCUUGUCAGUUCAUGUAUUGGAACAGUAUACUGCUGACUGCCAACAUAAGAAUUUUGGUGUUUGUUGGAGAAUGUUGGGUCAAUGUGCCAUGACCUUUAAAUACUGAUCUGAGACCAGGUUGCUUAUCGCUUGAAGGUUAGAAUCAAGACAGAGUCCCCAAUCAGGUCCCAGAUCAGCGUUGAAGGGAAAUUCUAUCCUACUUCAUCUCCAAGGUUGACUAAGUGGAGAUUAGGACCCUUACCUCACAUCUAACAUGACAUUUUUGAAUGGUAUUUCUAUUUGUUUGUUAUUGCUUAUUCAGGCUCCAUUUAGCUAUGUGUUGAGCUCAAAAGCCAAUAUAUUCUCUGCACUAGGUACUCCACUGUGAAAUUGGGUGCUACUAGACUUCCGAUUAAUUCUAUGUUCUUCAGCAUUGAUUUGCCAUAUUUCUGUAUAGUAUCUCGAUUUAAACUCUUCCUCUUU